AAAAAUUCAUUAGAUUGAAGGUUUCUUUGUUUCUCAAAACCCUCUUGAUUCUACUCCUCUUCAUCCUCAAAUUCAUAACCCUUUUACAGUUUCACCUUUCCCUGCUUCUCUCAAUUGUGCUUGGCCUUUAACUGGCUAUCCACGUUGCCGGUCGAUGAUCACCGUUUCUCUGUUUGCUUCGUAUCCCAUAAUUCACCUCAAUUCGGUUGUGGCCAUAUAUAUUCUUCUUUGAUCACGACCCAUAUACCGGUUUCCAUUGAAAACUGAUCACGGCUUUUCUGGCUUUAUCUAGAACUGAAAUGCCAUUUUCAAGAACCUGAGGAUUCAAAGCUCUAGUCUUGGCACAGUGUUACAAGUUCAUAAUGGAUUUGAAGAUUCAACAUAUUAAAUGGGUGGGGAAUAUUUACCAGAAGUUUGAAGCAGUGUGUCAGGAGGUGGAUGAUAUUGUAGGCCAGGAUGCAGUUAAAUAUCUUGAGAAUCAGGUCCAAAAUGUUGGAGACAGUGUGAAAAAGUUCUAUUCUGGAGUUGUACAUGAGCUACUUCCUUUUCCUACCUCGGCUGAUUCAAAAUGUGAAUCUCAUUCAGUGGCUUUGACAAAUAAUAUUGGCUUUCCAGUUGAGUCAGUUGUUGGUCAUAAAGAUAAUAAUAAAAAAAGGGAUGAGGAAAAUCCCACCAAUAAUGUUAUCAAGUCAUUACAGGAAUCUAAUGCCAUUGAUAUUGCUAACAAUCAGCAAGUUGGUGUUCCUAUCAAGCACAAACUUAUUGAUGAAACUUGCUCAGAUUCCCUGGAGGUGGAAGAUUCUUACAUAACUCAGGAAGAGGUCGGUGAUGAUUCAAGAGAAACUUCCGGGGCUAAGAAAGAAAAGUUGAAUACAAGCAUUGAAGAGGUUUCUGUUGAGUCUGUGCCUAAAUCGAUGAACUUGAUGUCUCUUAGAGAGAAAGAAUCCCUUGAAUUCCCUAUACACAGUGAAUCUUAUUCUGAUUCUUCUGACAGCGGGUGUGAAGAUUCAAUUGCAAAAAAGGAUAACAUAGAUGUGACUGUGGAACAAAACUCAUGUUUGGUUGUUGAAAAAAAUGCUAUGAAUUCAUCCACCUCAGAAGUGUUGAGUUCCCAGUCUCUUGACGGGGAAGAAUCAAUUAAAGUUUCCUUGUUCAGUGAAUCAUCUGAUGCUGUUGAUGAGGAUACCCAUGACAUACUAGCUGAAGUUUCACCUGAUGCUUCUGUGUCAAGCGAAAGACCUAUUAUCACAAUGACAGAACCUUUAUGCUCCAGAAACUUCAUAACUUCUGACAGUCUAUAUUCAAAGUCACUCGGAAGCUACCCCUUGGAAAUUGAAUCUUGCAAAAACAAUUCAGGUGAUGCUACUCUGUGUAUUUCAGAUAGUUCCAUGAUGCAUAUAUGUUGUGAAUCAUCCCCCCAUGUAGCUCGUCAAAUCAUGGAAUCCCAGGAUGGACUUGCUUUCUCUGGCUACUGCCAAUCUCUGGAAUCAAAUGAUAAAUCACUGUUCAGCUCUGUUGAAUCCAGUUUGGAAGACAUUGAUUUGAAUGAUGAUCCAAAGCUUGAGGAAAACUGUGUAUUUGUGGACGAUAGUGAACUCUAUGCAGUCUCUUGUAGAGCCCAAAAGCUUAGAUCAUAUAAGAAAAGAAUUCUGGAUGCAUUUUCUUCAAAGAAGAGGUUAUCAAAGGAGUAUGAACAGCUAGCAAUAUGGUAUGGAGACACCGAUAUUGAGCCAAAACAAGGAUUUUCACAAACUUCAUUGCCAUUUAUCUCCAGAACGUACAUGGACUCGAAGAAUGUGCAAGUUCAGCGUGCUUCUGAAACUGAGUGGGAGCUGCUGUAAGUACAAUUAGGCUGCAUGUAAAGAACGAUGGACCGAUUGUGUUGGCUCUUUUAUUUUACAUUAUACUCGUUGAAGGUGGCAGACUGGCAGACUGAAAAUUACGUUGUUUAGGUUUCCAUGAAGAAAUGCUAAUAAUAAAUGAUUUAUGAUCAUAAUUGUCAAUGAGGCAUUGGUUCUUUGAAAA